AUGAUUGGCUGCUUAAUAUCUAUCUAUCUAUCUAUCUAUCUAUCUAUCUAUCUAUCUAUCUAUCUAUCUAUCUAUCUCAGUCUGUUCAUGUCUAUCUAUCUAUCUAUCUAUCUAUCUAUCUAUCUAUCUAUCUAUAUAUCAUUACCAAUCUAUCUAUCUAUCUAUCUAUCUAUCUAUCUAUCUAUCUAUCUAUCUACUUGUUCAUAUCUAUCUAUCUAUCUAUCUAUCUAUCUAUCUAUCUAUCUAUCUAUCUAUCUCAGUCUAUUCCUAUCUAUCUAUCUAUCUAUCUAUCGCAUUCUGUUCAUUUCUAUCUAUCUAUCUAUCUAUCUAUCUCAUUCCGUUGAUUUAUCUCUAUCAAAAUCACUGACCAUUAUCUCUCUCUCUCUGACUACUGGUCUGCUUACUGCUAAAUGUCACCCCCCAACUCUCUCUCUCUUCUCUCCUUUUCUCUCUCUCGACUCCCUAAUACUUCACGUUGUCAGACAAAGAUCAAUCCACGUGGAUUAUAUACUAACAAAUUUGUUACCUUUACUAUCUAUCUAUCUAUCUAUCUAUCUAUCUAUCUAUCUAUCUAUCUAUAUAUAUAUAUAUAUAUAUAUAUAUAUGCAGGUGUCUGGAAAAUUUAAUUUGAAUGUUUUUUACGUAUUUCAUUUUCCAUCGUGUGUUGUGAUCUAUCUAUCUAUCUAUCUAUCUAUCUAUCUAUCUAUCUAUCUAUCUAUCUUAGUCUGUACAUAUCUAUCUAUCUAUGUAUGUAUCUAUAUCUGUCUGUACAUUAUCUAUCUAUCUAUCUAUCUAUCUAUCUAUCUAUCUAUCUAUAUCUAUCUAUCUAUCUAG